UUCCCCGAUAACCACGCUUUCUCGGUUCCGGUAUAUUAUACCAAUUACGUGAUAAUCGGUUUAAUUGCUCAAUUCUUGAUAAUUUUAAUAAGCGAACCGAGAUACCAGUUACGUCGGUGAAAAUCGUCAUACUUUUAAAAUAUUUACUUUCCUUUGAGCAGCUUCCCGCGGCUCAUUCCUCAUCAUAUUUUCUACACGAUCUUAAACCGUUCAGUACCGUCGUAAUCGAAUAUUAGUAUAUUCACGACCUAACUGAAGUGAUUUCUAUGGAAAAUAAGUACAAAAAAUUGUUAAAAGAAUAGUAAUAAAUUAUUAGAAAUUUUACAAUAUCAAUAUUACCUGUUCAGCUUGCAUUCUCUGAGAUACAGUUUCAAUGUAAUGUAAUACCGCAAGAUAAACGAAUUUAUAUUGUGCUUCAGUCUGUACCAUACCUGAUCUCUGAGAACGUACUCUUUGAAUCGUUCGUUGAAUAUCGAUCUCACAAUCAAGACCUAGUAUAAUCAAUAAAUAUAAAUAUAGUUUAAUUAUGUACAGUGAAAUAUUGUUGACUUAAAAAUAAUUGAAGAUAAUUACCGUGGCGUUUAAUUUGAUCCAAAAUCAUAUCAAUAACAAUAAAAGUUCCAGUCCUUCCUAUUCCAGCGCUACAAUGAACAAGAAUUGGCCCCAUGCUUGGUGCAUUUUGAGUAUUUGAUGCAACAGCUGCAGCUAUUAAUUCUUGUCUAGCAUUUACAUCAUGAAGAAAGUUUAAAACACAACCAGGAUCUGACGGUACACCAUGAUCAGGCCAUGCCUAUAAGUCAGUUUGAGAAUAAUAUUAUUAAUCUAAUAUUGUAAAUUACUGUAUUCUUAUAAUAUGCAGCAAGAUUCUCAUAAUCUUUUACGAACUAUAAUCAAUGGUAGAAAGAAAAAUAAUAACUUGAAAAUGAUAAUGGAAUAUUCUUCUGGCAACCGUGUUGUUUGGCUUGUUUCCUUGCAGUAAAAAUUCACGUAAAGUAUAAUCUGCUGUUACAGUGCAAGAAAGAGCAUUAACUUUCCAUGUGCCUCCAUAUUCUGCAAUUUCUCCCUCUUCAGGCCAAUAUCGAGCACAUUUAUUCUAAAAAGUAAUGAUAUAUGUAUUAUCAUUUACUACAUAUUAUUAUUAUUCAUUAUUAAAGACAUUUUCUCUUCAACAUACUUUUCCUCUUUCCAUUUCUUUCGUUGUCAUAACGAUUACUCGAGUGUUUUCUUGGUACACCAUGUGCCAAAAGUCUCCAAUGGUAUUUGGAAGACAUCCUUGUGUAGCAAUAUAACAUUUAUUAAACUGUCCAACAUCAUUUCCACUAAUACCAGGUGCAGCUCCAUCACCUUCUUCAUUCUGCAAACAAUACUUAUGUGUAAUAAAUGUAUAUUAGGAUCAACAUCCUUCAAGCGUACCCUCGUGUGAUCAACUGCAAGAAAAAUUAUAGAAUGUAUAAUCUAGCAGUGAAGAAACAACUUUUAAGGUGGUGCAAUACAAAUAUAUAUCUUACACGAUAAUGUGAAAUCACCAGGAUUGGAUGAACUUGGACGUGCCAGAAAGGAACUAUCAUAACCUCGUUCCAUUAAUAAGCGCUCUGCCUCUAAUCCUGAUAUGUUAGGGUGAAACCAUCUACAAUUAAAAGUAUUUAAUUUAAUUCAUAGACAAAUUUGUUUAUAAUACAACUUCAAAAAGUAAAUAUUUAACAUUUUAUAGCAUCAAUGAGACAUUAGAUUUUUGAAAAACAUUAUUGUAAACAAUUGUACACAUAAUAAUUCAUAAAAUAUGCAAAUUUAUUUUUUUUGCAAAAAAUUAUGAUAGUCUCUUGCAAUUUGUGAAAAAUUAAAGAAUAAUUUUUUUAAAUGUGAUAACAUACAAAAACGAUUGUUUAAUUUUAACGUUGACACUUUAUUUGCAAGUAUGUCUGACUAACCUGCUGUUGUGCCGACGAUACGCAAAAUUGUUCUCGGAAUGUCCAUGAAUUACGAUAAUCGUAUUUUCUUUAUAUAAGUAUAAAAACAUGCCUUACCUGCGGGAUGCCAUGUCGCAAUUACAACUACGCCCUGCUUGUAAUUAAUUCUUCAUUGUAACACAUUGAAAUUCACAGUGGCGACCACAAAAUUCUAAAUACUUUAACUAAACAUUAACUAAGCACUAUAACGCUGUUUGACAUAAUUUAUUUUACAUAGUAUACCAUCACAUACUAGAUGGACUAACUCAUAUUUAUUUUCUCCCAUUUAAUAUAUUUUUUACUCAAAAGAUGGCGCAAGGCGAAACGAUCAGCGCCAUCUGUAACAGCGCAAUUUGUAAAGAAAUAAAAAUUCCCGCUGUUUUGUACAAGUUAGAGCGAAAUAAAUUAAUUUGUGUACUUAGGUGCAAAUAAAAUAUUGUGUUUUUGUUUUGUUUUUGUAUAUUUAAAGUGUUAGAAAUCAAAUUAUUUGAAAUGAUUAGAAGACAGUAUUCGGGACCUGGAGCUGCGAAAAAGGCAAAAUUUAGCCAGAAUGACGAUGAAGAUGAUUACCCUGGUUCAUUUGAAGCCGAAUUGGCUACUAUGGAUGAUAUGGAUGAUCAAUGUAAUGAUUUGACACAAAUUAUUGGCGAACCUAUUGACAACUGCAAAAUGACGAAUGAAAAGCCAAAAGCAGGUCCAGAACAAGAAAAUAUAUCUGCAAAAUGGAGUAGACCGUCUCCACCAGAUUUAAAUCCACAAAUUGAUACAUUAACAUUUCAACAGAUAGAUAUUGAUCAUUAUAUAGGUCAGCCAUUACCAGGAAUGCCAGGUAGUAAAUUUGGCUCUGUUGCAAUCAUGAGAAUGUUUGGUGUUACUGAACAAGGAAAUUCUAUUUGCUGUCAUGUUCAUGGAUUUUGUCCAUACCUGUUUGUUACAGCACCACAGAACUUCACAAAUGCUCAUUGUAAACCUUUUAAGGAUGCACUCGAUCAAGCUGUUAAGAAAGAUAUGAAAUCAAAUCAAAAUACCGUUCAAGAAGCUAUUUUAGCUGUUGAAAUUGUAUAUAAACAAACGGUAUAUACAUAUACAGGAAAUGACAAAAAUGCAUUUUUGAAAAUUACUGUUGCACUUCCAAAAUUAAUAGCACCUUGUAAAAGAUUACUCGAAAAAGAAAUUGUUUAUAACGAAUUUAAUCAUACUUAUACACCCUUUGAAACGAAUAUUGAUUUUGAUAUUAGAUUUAUGGUAGACACAUCAGUAGUAGGUUGUUGUUGGAUUGAAUUACCACCAAACACUUGGAAAUUACGAGGUCAAUAUGGACAUACAUUGCCAGUAAUAUCUAGAUGCCAGUUGGAAGUAGAUAUUGCAUGGGAUGCUUUUAUAGCUCAUCCAGCGGAAGGUGAAUGGUCUAAAGUUGCGCCAUUUAGAAUACUUAGUUUUGAUAUUGAAUGUGCAGGGCGAAAAGGUAUAUUUCCUGAACCUAAUCAUGAUCCUGUUAUACAAAUUGCAAAUAUGGUAAUAAGACAGGGAGAAACAGAACCAUUUCUACGAAAUAUAUUUACUCUUAAUACAUGUGCACCUAUUGUUGGUUGCCAAGUACUUAGUUUUAACAAAGAACAAGAACUUUUGCAGAAAUGGGCAGAAUUUAUACGACAGUUAGAUCCUGAUAUUUUUACAGGAUAUAAUAUUAAUAAUUUUGAUUUUCCAUAUUUAAUUAAUCGCGCGAAGUUCCUCAAUGUGAAAGACUUUGAGUAUCUUGGUAGAAUCAAAAAUAUAAAGUCUGUCAUUAAAGAUCAGAUAUUGCAAAGUAAGCAAAUGGGACGACGUGAAUACAAAAUUAUAAACUUUGAAGGCAGAGUACCAUUUGACUUACUUUUGGUAUUAAUUAGAGAUUAUAAAUUGAGGUCUUAUUCUUUGAAUGCCGUUUCUUAUCAUUUUUUGCAAGAGCAAAAAGAAGAUGUGCAUCAUAGUAUUAUCACUGAUUUGCAAAAUGGUAAUGCACAGACUCGAAGACGUCUUGCUGUGUAUUGUUUGAAAGAUGCAUAUUUACCAUUGAGAUUAUUAGAUAAAUUAAUGUGUAUAAUUAUUUAUAUGGAAAUGGCAAGAGUUACUGGUGUAUCUUUAAUGAGUUUAUUAACUCGAGGGCAACAAAUUAAAGUUGUUUCUCAACUUUUAAGAAAGAUGCGAGAAAAAAAUUAUUUAAUGCCAGUACACACAGGACGUGGAUCAGAUGAACAGUUUGAAGGAGGUACUGUUAUAGAGCCGAAACGUGGCUAUUAUAGUGAUCCUAUAGCUACAUUAGAUUUCAGUUCCCUGUAUCCCAGUAUUAUUAUGGCUCAUAAUCUAUGUUAUACAACUUUAUUAACGCCUGAGAAACAGAAUAAAUAUGAUUUAAAAAUUGACGAAGUUACGCGUACUCCAAGCAAUUCAUUAUUUGUUAAAUCUACUGUUAGAAAAGGGUUGCUUCCUGAAAUUUUAGAAAAUCUUUUGACAGCUAGAAAAGUUGCUAAAGCUGAAUUAAAAAAGGAAACAGAUCCGCUUAAACAAAAAGUUUUAGAUGGUAGACAGUAUGCUUUGAAGGUAUCAGCAAAUUCUGUGUAUGGAUUCACAGGUGCACAGAUGGGAAAGUUACCGUGUUUAGAAAUUUCUGCUAGUGUUACUGCUUAUGGACGCACUAUGAUAGAAAAAACGAAACACGAAGUUGAGCAACAUUACUGUAUCAACAAUGGUUACAAAAACGAUGCUAUUGUUAUUUAUGGUGAUACAGAUUCUGUUAUGGUUAACUUUGGCGUGAAAAAGAUAGAAGAAGCCAUGGAACUAGGUAAAGAAGCUGCAGAGUAUGUUACAUCAAAAUUUAUUAAACCCAUCAAAUUGGAAUUUGAAAAAGUCUACUUUCCUUAUCUUUUAAUAAACAAAAAAAGAUACGCGGGUCUUUACUUUACAAAGCCUGAUAAAUAUGAUAAAAUGGAUUGUAAAGGUUUAGAAACAGUGAGAAGAGAUAAUUGUCCUUUAGUAGCAAAGAUGAUGAAUACUUGUUUGCAAAAAUUACUUAUUGAUAGGAAUCCUGAAGAUGCUAUUGAUUAUGCAAAACAAAUAAUAAGCGAUCUUUUGUGUAAUCGUAUUGACAUUUCGCAAUUGGUUAUUACAAAAGAGCUAACAAAGACUGAUUAUGCGGCUAAACAGGCGCACGUCGAAUUAGCAGCCAAGAUGAAAAAGCGUGAUGCAGGAACUGCACCAAAACUUGGUGAUCGUGUUCCAUAUGUAUUUAUAAGUGCCUCUAAGGGUACUCCAGCUUAUCAGAAAGCUGAGGAUCCUAUAUUUGUAUUAGAAAAUAGUAUUCCCAUUGAUACAACAUAUUAUUUAGAAAAUCAAUUAUCAAAACCAUUAGUACGUAUUUUUGAACCAAUUCUUGGUGAAAAAGCACAAUCGUUACUUUUAAAAGGAGAUCAUACUCGUACAAAAAUUGUUGUUACUUCUAAAGUCGGUGCAUUGGCAGCAUUCACACGUAAAAAAGAAACGUGUAUUGGCUGUAAAGCCGUUUUGCAACCAAAAAGAGAAAAAAUGGCUGUGUGUGAGCAUUGUGAAUCACGCGAAGCAGAAAUAUAUCAGACUGAAAUAUUAGCGGAAAGGAAAUUGGAGGAAAAGUUUUGUAGACUAUGGACAGAGUGUCAAAGAUGCCAAGGAAGCUUACAUCAAGAAGUUUUGUGCACUAGUCGUGACUGUCCUAUAUUCUACAUGAGGAAAAAAAUCCAAUUAGAAUUGGAUACUCAAAUAAAAAGGAUCGAAAGAUUUGGAAUUCCAGAAUGGUAAAAAAGAUUUGAUGGAACACUUAAAGUUCAUAUGUAGGUAUGAGUAUUUUUUUAAAUUUACUGUUAUUCUAUAAUGGAUAUAUAAUCUGUAAUCCAUGUUAAUUUCGUUUUAUGUACAAUGAUAUAAUUUA